GCGCGACAUCUAUCAGAAGCAGAACAAAUCCUGCACUUGAACGGGUGAACGUGUGUGAGGUUCUGGGUCACUUCAGGGGAAUAACACAGUGGCCCGGCCAUCCGGUAUCAGGAAAAACAGAAACGGACCGUUCAAAGAAGAGCUGUCGAGACACAGAAUGGCUGCAUUUGGCCGUCUGAAGCAGUGCCUUCCCACAGGCAGCACCAUAUGUAGUCUUCACACCAGCAGCCGCGUUACUGCUAAACAGCACUACAAGAUGCUCGUGCUCGGAGGAGGAACUGGGGGCAUUACCAUGAGUGCUCGAAUGAAGAGACUGAUGGGAGCUGAGAACGUCGCUGUUGUGGAGCCCAGUGAGGUGCACUACUAUCAACCAAUAUGGACACUAGUAGGUGCUGGUGCAAAAAACUUAGCACCAUCUGGGCGACCCACCGCGAACAUCAUGCCCUCUGGAGUGAAGUGGGUGAAAUCCAAAGUUCAGGAAAUAAACCCAGACUCAAAUACUGUUCGCACAGAGGAUGGAAGUGAGAUCACAUAUGAGUAUUUGAUUGUGGCUCUCGGACUACAACUCCAUUUUGAGAAGAUCAAAGGACUACCAGAGGGGUUUGAACAUCCAAAUAUAGGGUCAAACUACUCGGUCGAGACAGUGGAGAAAACAUGGAAAGCACUGCAGAACUUCAAAGGGGGCAAUGCUGUGUUCACUUACCCAAACACUCUUAUCAAAUGUGGUGGAGCUCCACAGAAGAUCAUGUACCUGACAGAUGCCUUUCUCAGAAAGACAGGAAAAAGGGCAAAUGCAAAUAUAAUAUACUACACAUCACUACCUGUGAUCUUUGCAGUCAAGAAAUAUGCUGACUCACUGUGGGAAAUUGUUAAACAACGUGACAUACAAGUGAACCUGAGGCACCAUCUGAUAGAGGUGCGAGCGGACAAACAAGAAGCUGUGUUUGAAAACCUUGACAAUCCAGAGGAUACCAAAACAAUUGAGUAUGGAAUGCUUCAUGUCACACCACCAAUGGGACCCAACAUGGUGAUUAAAGGAGGUCCACUGGCUGAUGAGGUUGGCUGGUUGGAUGUCGAUAAAGAUACUCUCCAACAUAAGAGCUUUCCAAAUGUGUUUGGGAUUGGAGACUGUACCAACUUGCCCACAGCUAAAACUGGUGCUGCUGUUGCUGCACAGAGUGCUGUCUUGCACAGAACCAUCAGCAAAAUACUGAAAAAGGAGAAACCAGACACUAAGUAUGAUGGCUACACGUCCUGUCCAUUUGUUACAAGCUACAACACAGUAAUGUUGGCCGAGUAUGAUUAUGAUCUACAACCAGUGGAAACAUUCCCCAUCAACCAAGCCAAAGAAAGAAGACUGAUGUACUACAUGAAAGCUGAUGUGAUGCCUCAUCUCUAUUGGCAUGGACUUCUACGGGGCCUGUGGGGUGGACCAGGACCAGCCAGGAAACUCUUACAUCUUGGGAUGAAAUGAAGCAAUGAAGCAAAAUCAGUUUGUGUUAGGAGUUAAUUUCCCAAAUUUUAAAGAUAAUUUUAUAAUUUAACAUCAGUGCAGAACUCAAUCAUAAACAUUCUGUUGGUCAUACAGUGCUAACUUCAUAAUUGCAUUAAGAAAUAAUCCUUUGUAUGCACUAAUCACUAAAAAUGAUUUAUGAUGAUAAAAAAGCUCCCAUAAUGACUGCACAUCAAAGAGUGAACAUCAAAAUGCAAAGGUCAAUUGAUAUUGGAAAUGAAAAAUAUAUACUGAUACAGUAUAGUUUUGAACUUGUUACAUUGGGUGUAUGUUACACAAUAUUGCAUAUUAUGCGAGGCUUUGUUUUACUGUGACUAAUUUUGUUUUUCUUCAGUGCCUGUUUUGCACUGCUCAAACUGAAAAGGUGCCUGCUCACUUACUGACGUACCAAGUGACAUCUAAAUUCCUCAGCUAAAUGUGGUUCAAAAUGAAUUGUUUAUUCAUGCAAACUGCUGCAUUUUGAUGAUCAACUGGAUUGUUUUAUACUUCAGACUGUGCGGAUCACGCUGUAUUUACUUGCUGGUUUGAGUUCCCUUAAACAAAAACUUCAGGAUCAUUA